AAUAUCGUUAGUUAUCAUUACUUGCAAUUACGUAUUUCAUGCAAUUCCGAAAAAGGUAAAAUCAUCGAAUGUAUCAAAGAGAACGUAAUAUAAACGUCAACGUAAAUGAAUAAAGGACUAUUAUCGUUAAUAAAUUUGUAAAAUUCAUAAAAUUUAUUAAAGUGUGCGGCACCGUGAAUGUAGAACUUCCGGCGGAACAGCAUUGUCGCAGAUGAUCACGUGAUCGAAGAUCGACUUCUUCGUUUGUGGCCACGAGGUUUUGUGGUGAAAAUUAAGUUUACCGGGUGGAAAAGGCCCUAUAUUUUUGUAUUUAUACAAAAAUGCCCUCCAGCAAUCCCUUACCACCCAAAGAAAAUGCCUUGUUUAAACGAAUUCUGAGGUGUUACGAACAUAAACAAUAUAAAAAUGGGAUAAAGUUUGCAAAGCAAAUUUUAUCAAAUCCUAAAUUUAGUGAACAUGGAGAGACCUUGGCAAUGAAAGGUCUCACUCUGAACUGCUUAGGUCGCAAGGAAGAAGCAUAUGAUCAUGUCCGGAGAGGUCUUAGGAAUGAUUUGCAAUCUCAUGUUUGCUGGCACGUUUAUGGACUUUUACAACGCUCGGAUAAGAAAUAUGAUGAAGCUAUUAAGUGUUAUAGAAAUGCCCUUAAAUGGGAUAAGGAUAAUAUUCAAAUUCUUAGAGACUUAUCGCUGCUUCAAAUUCAAAUGAGGGAUCUGGAGGGUUAUAAGGAUACAAGAUAUCAAUUGUUUAUGUUACGUCCUACACAGCGUGCUUCGUGGAUUGGUUUCGCUAUCUCAUAUCAUUUAUUAAAGGAUUAUGAAACAGCUCUUAAAAUUUUAGACACAUUUCGAAAUUCUCCCAUGAUUUGUUAUGAUUAUGAGCACAGUGAAUUGUUAUUAUAUCAAAACAUGGUUAUCCAAGAAUCAGGAGAAUGCGAACAAGCAUUAAAACAUCUUGAUAAAUAUAGUGAUCAAAUUUGUGAUAAAGUUACUGUAAAAGAAACAUAUGGUAAAUUAAGAUUACAAUUAAAACAAUAUGCAGAAGCAGCACAAGUUUAUAAGGAACUUUUAAAUAUAAAUCCAGAAAAUACAACUUAUUAUGCUAGGCUAGCAGAGGCUGAAAGACAUACUAAACCUGAAGAAACAUUAGCUAUGCUCCAAAGAUACGAAGAAUUAUUUCCUCGAGCGUUAGCACCGCGUCGCUUACAAUUAAAUUAUGCUGUAGGAGAUGAAUUUAAAACAUUAGUAGAUCGAUACUUACGAAGAGGUCUUCAUAAAGGUGUACCGCCCUUGUUUGUAAAUCUUCGUUCCUUAUAUACAGAUCAACAAAAGGUUGAUACUAUACAGUCUUUGGUUUUGGAAUACAAAGAAGCAUUAAAAGCUCAUGGGCAUUUUAGUGAUCAAGAAAAAGAUAAUCCGCGAGAACCUGCUUCGGCAUUGUUAUGGACUUAUUAUUAUUUAGCACAACACUAUGAUCAUCUUGGACUUACAGAAAAAGCACUAAAUGAAAUUGAUGCUGCCAUAGAACAUACACCUACACUUAUAGAACUUUUUGUUACCAAAGGUCGCAUUUAUAAGCAUGCCGGUAAUGUUCAAGAAGCUUAUAAAUGGUUGGAUGAAGCACAAGGAUUAGAUACUGCAGAUCGAUAUAUCAAUUCCAAAUGUGCCAAAUACAUGUUGCGAGCGAAUCUCAUUAAAGAGGCGGAAGAAACGUGUAGCAAGUUUACUAGGGAAGGAGUUUUAGCUAUGGAGAAUUUAAAUGAAAUGCAAUGCAUGUGGAUUCAAACAGAAGCAGCCAACGCUUAUAAACGUCUUGGAAAGUAUGGGGAGGCAUUAAAAAAAUGUCACGAAGUUGACAGGCAUUUUUCUGAAAUCAUAGAAGAUCAAUUCGACUUUCAUACCUACUGUAUGAGAAAAAUGACCUUGAGGUCUUACGUGGGUCUUCUAAGGUUAGAAGAUGUGCUUCGAGCUCAUCCAUUUUAUUUUAAAGCAGCGAAAUGUGCAAUGGAGGUUUAUUUACGACUACACGAUGAACCGUUACCCGAUCCAACGCAGGCGCAAGAAAUCGACACCGAAAAUUUAGCACCAUCAGAAUUAAAAAAAUUGAGAAACAAGCAGAGGAAACAACGUAGAAAGGCUGAAUUGGAAAGACAGCAGGCUGCUCAAGCUCAAGAAAAGAGAGAACAGCACAAUAAAUCACGGCAACAGACCGAUCCUGAUUUAGAACAACCUACGCUAGAUGAACUUAUACCGGAGAAACUGGAGAGGAUCGAAGACCCGUUAGAGCAAGCAAUCAAAUUUUUACAACCAUUACAAGAUUUGGCAUCGAAUAGAAUAGAGACGCAUCUUAUGGCAUUUGAAAUAUACAUUCGUAAAGGUCGUACCUUGUUAAUGUUAAGGUCGAUAAAACGUGCACACGGUCUAGAUCCUAAUAAUCCAGAUCUUCAUACAUGUUUGGUACGUUUCAUGUUAUACAUUAACCGUUCACCGUUGGAAGGACCUGUAGGCGAAGUAGUGAAACGGCAAACAUCAGGAAUUUAUUCAGCUUCAACAGCUACUCAAUUGAAUGCUGAAUUCCUAAAAAAGAAUCGAAACUCACUGCCGCAUCUACUUCAGGGUGCGAGGAUGUUAUAUGUCCUGGAUCCCUCUGCUCAAACAAAAGCUCUCUCACUUAUUACAAACAUUGAUGGUCUUGAAAGUGUAACACUCCAGAAUUGUACAAAAGUAUUGGAAUCAUUAUGCAACGGUGACUUUGGUCAUUGCGAUUCAACGAUCACUGAUUAUAUGGUGAAAUGUCAUAAAUACUUCCCAUAUGCGACCGCUUUUCGACCGCCAGAAACAAAAGUGACGGUAACGAUCAAACAUCAAGAAAAAGAGAAUUCCAUCAAGAACUGAUCCAGGCACGCGCUGUCCAGCGUUACUGAAGCGUUAUGUAGUUAGACGACGAGGCAAGUGAAGGAGAAGUAUGUUAAGAUAUGUUUCGAUCUACGUUGAAGAAACAAAAGAAAAAAAAAAAAAAAGAAAAGAAAGAACGAAAUUAACGUUAAAUGAAAAAAAAAAAAAAAGAAAAGAAAGAACGAAAUUAACGUUAAAUGAAAAAAAAAAAAAACGAACUUGAACGAUGAACAUAUAUAGUGAAAGAAGAAAAAGAAAUUGGCGGAUUUAAUAUUAAUAAUUAUUAAACAUGUAUUAUACACGAACUGUUCCUGGAACGUUUCAUGUAGUGUGAACAGUGCUGGAUAAACAGUCUUUAAUAAUAAAUUAUAACAUGAUGGGGCACGAGAGACAAAUGCCUCUAAAGCGGUCCCGAAUUUUAGGUGAACGAAGAAAAGAAUGGCUUUAGCUAAAUAUUAAUUAACAAUUGGUACAGAACGAAUUAAAUGAGCGUUCUAUCGACAGAACGUUCACGUUAAGAAGGAUUGACAAAGUGUGAAAAUGUUUAGUGCACGGAUGGGAUUGGGGCAGGGUGGUGAGGAAUGGGGUGGAGUACAGUGUGUAAAAUAUAUGACGUGCGUAAACUAACACAUUGGUACAAAAUACAAGACUUGUAUACAUUCAUAUGCGCGCUCUAUGAAUAUUUCUACUUGAUGUUAAGGUGUACUAUUUUCAGCGAUGUCUACAUGAAAUACUCUACUAUGUAGAGUUUGAAAACUAGACGAUCAUCGAGCACCGAUAAUUGUACCACAUAUGUUCGACGCUACUUUUUGAGAAUAGACUUUGUUCCAAGUCACGUAAUUUGUCUGGUUCACUUCAUUCGUAAAAA